AUGUGUCACCAUCUGUGUCACCUCCCGUGUCACCUCCCGUGUCACCUCAGGGCCGUGGAGACGCUGCUGCUGCUGCUGCUGAUCUCAGGUGCCACCUCUCUCCAGGACCCCGAGUGUCCCUCGGGCUGUGUCCCCGAGGAGCGGGAGCAGAUCCGGGUCAUCGGUGGCUCUCCGUGUCUGCCCCAGAGCCAACCCUGGCAGGCGCUGCUCUACGGGCCCCUGCGCUGCGGCGGCGUCCUGCUGCGGCCCCAGUGGGUGCUGACGGCCGCCCACUGCGUCCGCAGAGGUCUCCGCGUCCGCCUUGGCGAGGACGACCUGACUCGCCGCGAGGGUUCCGAGCAGGACCGGCGGGUGACACAGGCGGUGACACACCCGUCCUUCGACCCGGGGACGUUGGACAACGACGUGGCGCUGCUCCGCUUGGACCGUCCGGUGACGUUCGGCCGCGGCGUCCGAGCGCUGGCGCUGCCCCGGAGCUGCGCCCCGGCGGGGACAACGUGUCUGCUGUCGGGAUGGGGGACGGUCACCACGCCGCAGGGGAUUUUUGGGGGAAAUAUUGGCGGAAUCGGGGAAAAAUUGGGGGAAACUUUGGAACAAAAUUUUGGGGUGAAUUUGGGGGAAUUUCGGGGUGCAUCGGGGCGAAUUUUGGGGCGUCUCCCCGCAGUGAACCUCCCGAGCCGCCUGAUCUGCGCCUACGUGCAGCUGCUGCCCGACGAGACGUGCCGGCGCGCGUACCCGCAGCGCAUCACGCCCAGCAUGGUCUGCGCCGGCGUGCGCAACCGCCGCGUCGACUCCUGCCAGGGUGACUCCGGGGGUCCCCUGUCCUGCAAUGGGACCCUGCAGGGGGUCGUGUCCUGGGGGCUCCAGACCUGCGCCCUGCCCGGCCACCCCGGGGUCUACACCCGGAUCUGCCGGUUCCUCACCUGGAUACGCGACACCAUGGACAGGAGAUAGGGGACAUCAUG